AUGAGGUUGGGGCGAUUAGGCUUUGUUAUUAGAAAUGAGGUUGAGGCGAUUAGGCUUUGUGGGGCUAGGUCCAUAACCGCUGAUCCGUCUAUUCUGGUGGCUGAAGCUUGGGCCCUUAGAGAAGGCAUUAUUGGUGCAAGAAUGUUGGGGAUUGACAAGUUAAUUAUUGAAGGGGAUAACCUUAGUAUUAUUCAAGCUAUUAAACGUAUUUGGAAAAUUUCGUGGGCUAUUCAUUCUCUUAUUUUGGAUACAGGGGAAGACUUAAAAAGUUUUGCGGAGGUUCAUAUCAAUCAUGGAGUUCGGGAAGGGAAUGUUGCAGCGGAUUGGAUGGCUCAACGUGGUCAUUCUUGUUCAAAUUUAACUUAUUGGUUUGAUUCUCCUGAUCAUCGUUUUUCUGUAAUCAUCCGAAAGGAUGCUUUAGGGUGGCCCAAUUCCUGGGAUCCCCCCUAG